AUGGGAAUCUGUCAUGGAAAACCUACGGAGCAGCCAUCGAAGAGCCUCCCAGUUUCCGGCGAAAUCGAUGAAGCUCCGACGAAUUCUCAGCCGGCGAGAUCCUCCGGGUUUCCGUUUUACAGCCCAAGCCCGUUACCAAGCUUAUUCAAAUCCUCGCCGGCCCUAUCCUCGAGCUUGAGCUCGACUCCUCUUCGCAUCUUCAAGAGACCUUUCCCUCCUCCUUCACCUGCAAAGCACAUACGCGCUUUCCUCGCGCGUCGUCACGGCUCCGCCAAGCCCAACGAGGUCUCGAUCCCUGAAGGCAAAGAAUGCGAGAUCGGUCUCGACAAGAGUUUCGGCUUCUCGAAGAAUUUCAGCUCACACUACGAGAUUGAUGGCGAGGUGGGCCGUGGCCAUUUCGGGUAUACUUGCUCUGCAAAGGGUAAAAAAGGUAGCUUGAAGGGUCAAGAAGUAGCUGUUAAAGUUAUUCCCAAAUCCAAGAUGACAACUGCAAUUGCAAUUGAGGAUGUUAGUAGAGAAGUGAGGAUAUUGCGAGCUUUGACUGGUCACCAGAACUUAGUACAGUUCUACGACGCGUUUGAAGAUGACGAAAAUGUUUAUAUUGUGAUGGAGUUAUGCAAAGGUGGUGAACUCUUGGACAAAAUACUUCAAAGGGGUGGCAAAUACUCGGAAGAUGAUGCUAAAAAAGUUAUGGUUCAGAUUCUUAGUGUAGUAGCUUACUGUCAUCUACAAGGUGUGGUUCACCGUGACCUUAAACCCGAGAACUUUUUGUUCAGUACUAAGGACGAGACUUCUCCUCUGAAAGCAAUUGAUUUUGGUCUCUCUGAUUAUGUCAAGCCAGACGAGAGGUUGAAUGAUAUUGUAGGAAGUGCUUACUACGUGGCCCCGGAAGUUUUGCACCGUACGUACGGAACAGAAGCUGACAUGUGGAGUAUUGGAGUGAUUGCUUACAUUCUUCUUUGUGGCAGUAGACCCUUUUGGGCCCGUACCGAGUCCGGAAUCUUCCGAGCUGUCCUUAAGGCAGAGCCCAAUUUCGAAGAAGCUCCUUGGCCGUCACUAUCACCUGACGCUGUAGAUUUUGUUAAGAGAUUGCUAAACAAAGAUUACCGUAAAAGACUAACUGCUGCACAGGCUUUGUGUCAUCCGUGGCUUGUUGGCUCGCAUGAACUAAAGAUACCAUCUGAUAUGAUCAUAUACAAGCUUGUAAAGUUGUACAUAAUGUCAACUUCAUUGAGAAAAUCAGCUUUAGCGGCAAUCCUAAAGAGCGCAACAGAUGCUACGAAGGAUUCACGAGUUUUAGAUUUUGUUCACAUGAUAAGUUGUCUUCAAUACAAGAAACUAGACUUUGAAGAGUUCUGUGCAUCAGCCUUGAGUGUUUAUCAGCUAGAAGCAAUGGAAACAUGGGAGCAACACGCAAGGCGUGCUUAUGAGUUGUUUGAGAAGGACGGGAAUAGACCAAUCAUGAUUGAGGAACUUGCAUCGGAGCUUGGACUGGGGCCAUCAGUGCCGGUGCACGUUGUACUUCAGGAUUGGAUAAGACAUUCGGAUGGGAAGCUUAGUUUCUUGGGUUUUGUGAGACUACUACACGGCGUGUCUUCUCGAUCAUUACAGAAAGCUUAG